AUAAGCCACUGGACUGGAGGAGGUGCAUAGCCUUCAGUGUAUCUCAACUGCUUGUCUGUGCUGAAGGAUCUGGUUUCACACACCUGUCAAUGUGCAUCCAGCCGCUGUGUGCUGUGUGGCUUUACACCAUAAUUUACAACUUCUGCUUCUGGACGUUAGUAGCGGCAGUGUUUCCCCUGAAGGAAGAGUAUGGAGCUGAAAAGCCAAACAUCAGGAUUUAGAUGAUGAAUGCUUGAUGUGUCAUGGUCACAGAGCAGCUGGAGAACCAGGAGAAUGAGCAGGCGAGCGCAGUCGAUGAUACACCUCAACAGGAUGUCGCAAGUGUGAGUUAUACGUUUUCUAAACUCUGUUUUCUUCUAUCGUGACUACAAGUAAAAUUUUGACAAAAAUUUUAUUAAACCCCAAAAAACUAAUAUUUGGCACAUUUAAUAAAAUUGGAAUAGAACGUAUUUUCAGUCACAUUUAUGGUUUGAUAUUGUAUUUUAUUUGAAUUUUUUGUGAAUAUUUGUGUAUUCUAUGAAUCUAUACUCAUCUAUACACAUGGUAGAUUAAGAGCCACUGGCGCAGUAUGGGAUGACACUGUAUGAAUAAUAUAUAUACAUGAGGUAACUCAAUGAGUGUAGAAUGUUGAAUAGGAUGGAGUUAGUGUUUCUUUGAGUCCUUCUCUUCAGGAGCUAAAGCGGUCCAUUAUGGAGCAUCUUCUGAAAAACCUGGACAAGCUUCUACCUUCCUGAUGGGUUACCAGCAAAAUGUCACCAUUUUUGUGAAGAUUACAAUGUACUGUCCAUCACCACAUGGUUUCACUCAAUGUUAUUGUGUAAAUUAAUGUAAAUGUUUGGGGGUUUUUUUCUUCAGAUUUCAGAUACGCUUACUGUUUUCUUUUCUUUUUUAUUUGUGAAACCAGUAAAUGUUUUCAUCCAGGUGCAGUUCUCUGCAGAUAAAUCCACCACCAUACACCACCAGUGCUCCAUUACAAACAACUGAGGCAGUUCUUUUGAUUCAAUCCUGUGCUUAAUUUUUAGGGACAUUCGUGCCUCCGGUCGUUUCCAAUGAAUGCGUUGUCUUUCCUAACACGGCCUCAAGUCUGGCCUACUUGGAUUAGUUGUCAACCAUGUGCCUAUUAUAAUAUAUAAACCAAAUGACCUGGAUAGGGCAGAUGCUAUCAGCCUCGGUGGUGAAAUCCGAGUGCCUCUUACAGUCAACGAGGCGUCUAGAAUGUCAGGAAUCACCGUUCUCAGUUUGUUCUCGUAUUAUUUUUGCAUCAUUAAUUUCAUGCUUGUCAGACUUGGGCCCACAUUGAGAUGACCUUCUCAAAGGUCAACUUUGAUUUACUGCAUCAAUAAUGGUACUGUGUUUAUGAUUAGAGCAUGAAUGUGUCCCUGCUCCCUGGCCACAGAUCGCAGACGUGUCCGUGGAGGUGGCCACUGUGGACCACACACUACGGAAUCUUUACAGAAGAUACAGGAAGAGCAGACGGAAGCCCAAGGGACUCCAGAGGCUGUUGGCCUACCUGUUAAAUAUCCGUCAUCUGGCUAUCAUCACCGCAGCAGUCAUCUUUGUGGUGGUGGUCAUUGUGUGGUCCCUUCUAUGGGUCUUCAUAUGUAAGUACAAUAGAUGUUUCACAGUUCAGCGGCGCUACAGAAUAAUGUCUCACUGUAACAAGAAUGUCUUUUAAAACUUUACCAAAAUCAAUGGUUUAGGUUGAGCAGUGGUCUGCAACCUGUGGUUCCUGAGCCACACGUGACCAUUUAACAUACAAUGGAUCAAAUUUAGUGUUAUUGUGCCUAAGACUAGGUAACAAAAUUGUGAGCCAUAUCAUGUUCCUGUGUCCUCCAAUCGCAAUAACUAUCCACCCCACAGGAAGGGCAGGUUUUCCUAACUAUAUUUUUUCUUUGUUAUACUUUGUUCUUCAUUUUACUGCAACACAUCAUGGACAUUUGUCUUGAUUUCUGUAGUCCGCAGAGAAAGCAACAGCGUGGCAUAUUUCGCUGGGAUGUUUCGUCUGGCCAACGUGGAGUAUAUCCCAGAGUACAGGCACACCGAGUCUGUGGAGUUUGUGUCAAUGGCGAGCAAAAUACAGCAUGUGGUAUGUGUCAGUGUGAGCUCUGUUAUUUGUACAGUGGUAAAUGUUAAAGCUGAGGGAGCCUCAGUGAUAAUUGUUGGUUUGCCCCAGGUGACCAGUGUGUACAAGAUGUCCUCAGUGGGCAAACUGCACAAGUACACUGUCAUCUCAGACCUCAGUAACAGUGAUGGCGGUGUGCUGGUACAUUUUUGGAUGCUGUUUGUGGUUCCUCAUAUAAAGAGCCCAGUGAUGUGUGAGGAAUGUGUGAGCGUCAUCUUCAGAGACUCGGUCCAGACGAGCCUGAAGAACAGAACCUCUGUGGGCUACCUGCUGAAUCUGCCGGUGGACAUCGACUCCAUCCUCAUCAACGCUGUUCAGCGCUCAGAUUACUCAUCAAACUCAGCAGGGUCACAGUGUGUAGAUAAGAUGUACGCCAACCUUCCUGGUGCAAAAGUCCCUUUAAACAUCUUUUCAUCCUGGGGAGGUUUGAGCUGCCACCUGAAGCUCACCGCUGUCCCCGGCUCUCUUAUCCGUCUGACCAUCACCAGUUUUCUCAUUGAGCCCACUGACUGUGUGAACGAUGCCCUGACUGUGUACGAUGCUCUGCUGCCCAUGAGAGGGCGCAUUCUCCACAGGCUGUGUGAAGCAGUGUCUAUGUCCCUGUCUCUGGUCUCUACGUCCAAUGUCAUGCUGCUGUCCUUUAGGAUGACAAGUGGCAACAAGAUUUUCAGAGGACACUUUGAGGCCAUAGCUGCAGAAGUUUGUAUGUCUCAAAUUGAGACAAAGUUGGAGCCUGACGACAGUCAGCAGAUCUACAGCCCCUUCCACCCCAGCCUGUUGCCCCCUCAGUGCUACUGCCUCUGGACAUUUACGACUUCUCACAUGGAUUUCGGAGUGGCACUGCAGUUCCAGAAUUAUGCACUAAAACCAAAAGACAUGAACGGCUGUGACCUCGGCUGGUGGAAGAUUAAUGAAGUCAUUUUCUGCGGCAGCUACGUGGGUUACAGCACAGUGUUUCGUAUCUCACACCAUAGUCCCGCAGUGGAAUUCCGUUGCAGCUCUCGAAACGCCGCUCCGCCGUUUCAGGCCACUUACAGCAGCUACAACAUCAGCCAACCCUGUCCCGAGAACCACUUCCUGUGCUCCACUGGUCUGUGUGUGGAGAAGAGCCGCCGCUGUGACGGUCUAGAUGACUGCCAGGAUGAGAGCGACGAGGUCUUCUGCUCGAGGCCUUCCAUGAAGUGUGGAGUCCAACAUCCUCCUCAUCCUCUGCUUAUGUGCAACGGAGAGAAAGAGUGCACUGAUGGGAGUGAUGAGCUCAACUGCACACAGGAAACAACCUGCUCUGAAAUCAGGUACCAUUGCAGCAGCGGCUCCUGCAUCUUGAAGAAGAACGCCAAAUGUGAUGGUGACCACGACUGCGCGGACCAGAGUGACGAGGCAGAUUGUGAUUGUGGUCGUCCCUCUCCGGUGAAGAAAGUGGGUUCAUCCAGUGGACAGGAGCGCAUCGUGGGGGGAGUGAACUCUGUGGAAGGGGAGUGGCCGUGGCAGGUCAGCCUCCACUAUUCAGGCAGCCUGUACUGUGGAGCUUCAGUCCUGUCCUCCACAUGGCUCAUCUCAGCUGCACACUGUUUCAGCAAGGACAGGUUGUCUGACCCUCGUCAGUGGAGCGCUCACCUCGGCAUGCUGACGCAGGGCAGUGCCAAAUACGUGGCGGAGAUCCAGCGAAUCGUAGUGCACGAGUAUUACAACGCCUACACAUUUGACUAUGACAUCGCUCUGCUGCAGCUGAAGAAGCCCUGGCCUUCUUCACUCAGCCCCUUGGUGCAGCCCAUAUGUCUGCCUCCCACAUCACACACCGUCAUGGAGAGUCACCACUGUUGGGUGACUGGGUGGGGGUACAAAUCAGAGGAGGACAAGGUUCUACCCACAGUUCUGCAGAAAGCAGAGGUUUCCAUUCUGACUCAGACCCAGUGUAAGAAGAGUUACGGCCCUGUCACAUCCCGCAUGCUGUGUGCUGGUGUCCCCUCAGGAGAGAGGGAUGCCUGCAGGGGUGACUCAGGCGGUCCUCUGACCUGUCAGACCCCAGGCAAAGGUCGCUGGUUCCUCAUUGGCAUUGUUAGCUGGGGAUCCGGUUGUGGGAGACCAAACCUGCCUGGAGUCUACACCAGGGUCACCAAGUUCAUCUCCUGGAUCUACAGCCAUAUCAGCUGACAUGAUGAACGAGGAACUGUUGCUCAUCGCCUGUUUGGAGCUAACAGUGAUAUGAGGACCCUGCCCAAAAGCCAACCUUGUGAAGUGUACUGCGUCUCUGGGCAUGGAUGCACUGCUGCACAGGAGGGAGACGGGGAGUUAAAGGAGCCCACCCAGUCUACAAGCCCCCCCAAAGAGGCCGCGGAUGGAGCACAGCAAAGGGUUGAGGGGAGGCGAGCUCCACCCUGUGGCUCCUGGAGGAGGUGGUUGUCAGGUCUCUUGCCCUUCCUUCCCUUCACCACUGCCAUUGCACUGACCCUUCACUAUUUAACAUCUCCGCCCUCCUCAGUGUUCUUCCUGGGGGGCAGCGUGGAGUUCCCAAACCUGAGCUUCUCCUCAGACCUGACUGACUCCACCUCCCCACAGUUCCGCCUGCAGGCUCAGGCUUUGAAGCAUUAUUUUUCAGAUCUCUACGAAUCCUCUCCUUGGAGCUCGUACUACCUGCACUCAGGGAUUACUGCCUUCAGUGAAGGAGCAGAGGGUCUCAAUGUCUUCUACUGGAGUAAAUUCUCUGCCCCGGACCAUGUCGCCACAGCCAUCAGGGCGUCCGACCCCGAGAGGCUGCAGCGGAGGCUUCCAGGCACCAACAAAGUACAGAGGGACAGUCGCAAUGAGCAUCGCUACUACAUGGAGCAGGAUGAAGACAUGCUCCACCUACUGGGUUUGGACCCCGAUGGCUUUGAUGAUGAAAAAUUUGGAAAGAAUAAGAAUCCAAAUAGCAUCCAAAAUGGGAAGUGGCAGCUUGGUUUCCAAGCAAUGUCCUUUGACCUUUACGCCAAAUACGGCAACAACCGCACUCUGAGCCUGGUGAGUCCUAAGAAGCCGUAUUACCAGUGGCGACUGCGGGUGCCGUCAGGUCACGUAGUUCGACUGGUUAUCCUCACCCUGCAUGGUGCCACGCCAGGAAGCUGCACUGCCCACAAGCUCUCCGCCUACGACUUCCUGCUUCCCCUACAGAACAAAAUCAUUGCCAGGUGGUGCGGGCUGCCUGUCUCGUCUAGUUCCUCCCCCGUCAUGAAGCUGACGUCCUCAGGAAACGUCAUGUUGGUCACCUUCUCCUUCAGCAGACAGAGAGACGGGGCCAUUUUCAAAGCAUACUUCCAGGCCAUCCCAAAAGCAAGUUGUGGAGGAUCCAUUUCUUCUUGGAACGGCUCCAUUUCCUCACCCUACUAUCCGGCCUAUUACCCUCCCAAUAUAGACUGUUUGUGGACACUGAGGGCGCCGUUGCCCGGAUACUUGAUCUCCGUGACAAUUGUAGUGAUGGAUAUUCUGGACUCAAUGUCGUCAGACGGCUGUGAGAAAGACUGGCUGGACAUAGGAGGAGUCAAACUGUGUAAUCCAAUAUCAGACAGCAGCAAAAAGCGAGUUUUCUCCUCUCCUCUGUCCCUUCACUUCCACUCUGAUGAAUCCCUCACUCACAAGGGCUUUCUCCUGCUCUACAGAGCCUUUUCCCCAGAGAGCACUUGUCCUCGCCAGUUUCGCUGUGGAGACGGACGCUGCAUCCCUCUGAGGAAGGUGUGUGAUGGAGUCAAAGACUGCUCUGAUGGACGGGAUGAGGCCAAAUGCUCCCACUGCAGACCUGGGGAGGUGUUGUGUGCUAACGGUGUGUGUAGACCUCAGGGCAGUCAGUGUGUGUGUGCAGAGAGCAGUGAGGAGGGGGCCUGUGGUAAAUGUUACCACAUGUGUCCCAACAAGGUGUGUUUGUCCAAGUCGUCAGUGUGUGACGGUGUGACUGACUGUAAAGACCGCAGUGAUGAGCUCAACUGUUCCAGAUCAUAUGUUAAAGGCUGCUCCUCGUCGUCCUACAAAUGUGCCAAUGGAAGGUGUGUCACUAAAGUCAACCCAGAGUGUGACGGACUCAGAGACUGCUUCGAUGGCUCUGAUGAGAUGCGCUGUGGCUGUGGCACUAGGCCCAGGAAGCGUACAAAGAUAGUAGGAGGCUCUGAUGCUGCAGCGGGGUCGUGGCCUUGGCAGGUCAGCCUCCAGAUGGAACGUUACGGCCAUGUUUGUGGAGGAACGCUGGUUGGCAGCCGCUGGCUUAUUUCUGCCGCUCACUGUUUCCAGGACUCAGAGGCCAUUAAAUACUCAGAUGCUCGUGCGUGGAAGGCCUACAUGGGAAUGCGGGUGAUGACUGCCACCAACAACGGAGCAGCCGCCAGAAAUAUCCGGCGCAUCCUCAUCCACCCUCAGUACGACCAGUUCACCUCCGACUACGACAUCGCCCUGCUGGAGCUCAGCAGCGCCAUCUUCUUCAAUGACCUGGUGCAGCCCGUGUGUGUGCCCGCUGCCUCCCACAGCUUCACCACAGGGACCAGCUGCUACGUCACGGGCUGGGGAGUGGUCAUGGAGGACGGUGAACUGGCCUCUCGUUUACAAGAGGCUUCAGUGAAGAUCAUCAGCAGAAACACCUGCAACAAGUUCUACGACAACGCUGUGACUCCCAGGAUGAUGUGCGCUGGGAACCUGCAGGGAGGAGUGGACGCCUGCCAGGGCGACUCGGGCGGUCCUCUGGUCUGUCUGGAGCGAGGCAGGAGGUGGUUCCUGGCUGGGAUCGUGAGCUGGGGCGAGGGAUGUGCCCGACAGAACCGCCCUGGUGUUUACACACAGGUGGUAAAGUUCAGUGACUGGAUCCAUCAACAGACUAAAGGACAGGUGUGAUCGAACACAGCAGUUGACACGAUGUGAACACAGGAGACAGAGAGGGGACAGAGGGUGAUGUCGUCGUGCUGUUGUCAUGGUUAGUGUGACAUCACAGGUAAACACUAUUUCAGAGAGUUUCUACUGCACGGGUGCCAGAGGUGGAGGUCAUUAUUGCUGCCAUACAAAUAAGCUUCUGUAAAAUCUCUUCCUGAACACGAGUGUAUGUUUUUCAACCACUGACAUGGACAAAAACUUCCAUCUUCAACCCAUCUGUUAGAAUUCUUCUCUUAGAUACAUUAAUCAUUUCACAAUUUCUCACUGUGCCGUGGGUUUUCUGUUCACAAAUGAUGUGGGCCAGCAUUUACUGACCACUUCCUGUUUUCUCUACAGUUAAAUACACUAUUUCCUUUUCCCCUUUUCCCAUUAUAAAUUGUAAAUUAUUAUAAAAACAAUAAUGUCAAAAUAGUGAACAAAAUUCACACAUUUUUUUGACAUCUCCAUGACUGUGAAGAGAGUGUCUUUUCAUACAGUUUCCUUGUUCUCCCAACAGUCCAAUAACAUGUAGGAUUAGAUUUGUUUUAACACUAACACUUUACUCUUGAUAUGAGACUCAGUCUGAUUGGUCGUCUGUCUCUACAUGUGGCCAUGUGAUGAACUUCUACGCCUAAGAGUAACUUGGACAGCUCAUCGUGCUUGUGUGCGUGAGUGAAACCACGUCAGGUCCAACGUUGAUCACACCCCGGUUUGUUACCAUUUAAGGUCAUUCCCCAGAUCAGUCAUGUUACUGAACGUCAGAUAUGUGAACAAGUGUUUUUACCCACAGCUCCAUUUGUCUAAGUACUGUAUUUGACACUUGUGUGGACUUGUGUGGACAAGUCUGAGUACUGCUUUGGUACUGUAUAUGUAUGUGUGUAUUUGUAUAUCAUGUUUUUUUUUUUGAAUAAUAGCCUUAUGUUGAAAAAUAUAUAUAUUCUGUAGAGGAGUGAUGCAGAGGAAAAGGUGAAAAUAUAUUGUUUUAUUUCAGAUUUAAGCUGAUGAUUUUUUUGUGUGUGUUUAUCUUCACACUGUAGCUCUUCAUCUUUUCACCUCUUCCUCUCUUCAGCUCUGUCCUGCAGCUCAGUGGUUUUACAGCUAUGAUGCAGGUGACGACGCUGCUGCUGCUGCUUCUGUGAAUGGAAGUCAUUAGAUGUUUAGGAGGAAACACUUUAUGAAAACACUUAAAUUUACCUGCCACUUCAUCAGGUACCCUUUGUCUCUUCAUUCAGCAAUUUCAACAAAAUGGCAUUUGUCAGAUUCACUUCUUUGACAUUACACAAUGUUUGAGACCCACUAAGUACAGGAUGCUUGUAGGGGAAUGGAUACUCAGUCCAGACCCUGGACCUGGACCAACAUUCUGACGCUCAGUUUACACUUCAACAGGUCGUCUAGGUCAGACCUGCUGCCGUGUGAUUGGAUGAUUAAAUAUUUGCCUCAGUUAGCCGUUGAUGUACCUGAUAAAGUGGCCUGACCUUUUCCCUCAUGCAACACACACCACCACCAUGUGGACAGAAUGUAGCAUUGCGCCUGUGACAGGAAGGAUGCACCUUGCUUCCAAACAUGUGAUAAUUGAAAUCUUAGGUAUGAGUAAAAUGCAACCUGUCUGGAGCAGCAGCUCGACAUGCAUUUGUAAACAAACUAUUUUUAAUCUAAUCAUUUAAUUAUUGCCAAGUCAACUAAAACCAUGUUUUUUUCCUGUAGAGAUCAACACAGAAGAUCAACUGCUUUCAUCCCAUCUUCUCAUUGGUCGUGAACACUCUUUGAAAUCUUCUGCUGUUCUUCCAGUCUGACAGCUCCAUCUCUCCUCAUCCUUUGUCUUGUGUGACAUCCAUGAUCAUCUCAUCCUCACCUCUCUAACUUUAUCUCCCAGCAGCUGCUCUACAGUAAAUCUUUUCUCACCCCCCAGAUAAUCACUCCGAAUGACAAAUGAUUCCAGAUAAUUGCCCCAUACUAACCUGUCUGUCUGUUACCUGCCAUGUUUCUGUUUUCUCUGGCUGCCGGAGAAACGCCGCUCUUUUAUUGUUCUUGGAGGAAAGCCUGCCAGAUUUGUGGCUCUGCCAAUCGUGAAGAACGUGACGGGCAGGUUAUUGUUGAUGAGAAAAACACUCGUUCACCCUGAAUGCCUACGUGCGGAUCAUCCCAUCUACCAGUCCAGAGCACAGGCGAACAUUAACGUGUUGCACCAUCAUCGUCUGACAGAUGCUGCGCCUCUCAUC